CGGAGAGCCACGCCAUUAGAGGCGAGCCUGGCUGUCAUCCGGGGGUUUGGCUCCUUCGCGGACGACUAAACUCGCCUGGCUGCUGUUUCCCGUCGUGCUGCGUAUACGUGUUGCUAGGAUGCGAGGCUGUGCCGGCUAGUAAAGGGACGAAGUGUGACUGAGAGGGACUCCACUACACAUCUGCCACAAUCCUUUGGUUUGCCAGUUGCAAAUACAACAAUAGAAAGAUGGGAAACAGUGCCUUAAAAGCACAUUUGGAGACAGCCCAAAAAACAGGAGUAUUCCAAUUAACUGGAAAAGGCCUUUCUGAGUUUCCUGAAGAUCUGCAGAAGUUCGCAAGUAAUCUCAGAACGAUAGAUUUGUCCAACAAUAAGCUUGAAUCACUCCCACCUUUUAUAGGAAAGUUUUCUGUAUUGAAAAGUCUUGCUUUAAAUCACAACAGACUGACUAUAUUACCUGAGGAACUCUGCAAGCUGAAAAAGCUGGAAAGUCUGCAUCUGAACAAUAACCAAUUGACACGUUUACCUAGCAGCUUUGGACAACUUGCAGCGCUAAAGACUCUGAGCCUUUCCGGAAACAAGUUUCAAACUAUACCUGUUCAGCUAUGCAGUCUUCUUCAUAUAGAUGUGGUGGAUCUUUCCAGAAAUCAGAUCCAGAGUAUUCCAGAUACAAUAGGAGAGCUACAGGCCAUUGAACUUAACUUAAAUCAGAAUCAGAUUUCCCAGAUCUCCUCCCAGAUCUCUCGUUGUCCACGCCUCAAAGUUCUGCGCCUUGAAGAGAACUGUCUAGAACUAAGUGUACUUCCUCAGAGUAUUCUUAGUGAUUCUCAGAUCUCUCUAAUUGCUGUAGAGGGUAAUCUUUUUGAGAUCAAGAAACUCCGAGAAUUGGAUGGAUAUGACAAGUAUAUGGAGAGAUUCACAGCUACAAAGAAAAAAUUUGCCUGAACUACUGUGCCAGUUUUAUCUCAUGAAUGAAAAGGCAACAAGAAAUGUCACUGAUGUGUGGAUCCAAAAUGCAACAAGCCUGUUGGGAGAAUGACAUUCAAGACUUUAUAUAAAGUCAUAAAAGAACAGUGGCCUCUUGGUUUCAAAAUGCCUUGAUAUCUUAGAUCUCACAAAAUGAAUCCAAGAAUUGGUAGCCUUGAUAUAAUGCUUAGCAUCCACUUGUUAAGUCUCCAUCUACAAGGAUUAAGAAGAAAAUUUCAAAAUGACCUGAGAUGAAGCGGCUUUAUGACAGUUCCUGACAACUUCAUACAUAGGAGGCAAGGCAGAUGGAAUAAUGAGCUAUGUGUAUAGGCUCAUCUGCCAGGAGGCUCACUAAUUCAAUAUAGAUUAACUCCACAAUGCAAAGUCCAUCUCUUAGCUUUAAAUAUUUUACAGUGUAUGUAGGGCUGGCCAUUUGAAAAAUUACAGACAAUAGAAGCACAAAUUAUGAAUGAGCAGAUAGUGGCUUAAUAUACCUAAUUAAAAAUAGUCCUAUAUUCACAUCACAAUCAUAUUCUCUAGAUAGUUUGUCUUCCACUUGCUAGUCAAAUAGUUCACCUUAGUGUGCUAAACUGAUGGCUUGCAUAAUAGGAUACUGUUUGCAUUUGAAUCUUCAUGGGAGUAAAAAACUCCAUUGUUUGGGGGAGGUGUUGAUCACUGAAUUGAUGCCUUAUGCAAAGCACCCAUGAGUAUUUAAAAUAUGCAACCUUGGAAUAAUUUACAUGCUUUUUACAAAAGACCAUACCUCCACAACUUUCUUAAACUUUUUAGCACCUUUUGACAAAAUAAGCUGAAAUAUAUUCUUAUGUAAUAGGAAUGGCAAACAUAUGCAGCUGAAGCUUUCUGUAAAAUGUACUGUUCGUGUAAAUGAAAUUUAAAUUAAAAGCAACUCUAUAACCCUAGGAAAUGAUCAUAAAUGAAAAUGAUUGGAUGUUUUGACUUCCGGUUUAUGUUACGGGAUAGGAUGCAGGAAGGCAGGGCUCUACCUUCCGCACCCAAUUUCGCCCUGCUGGGGGCCCUAAAAAGGGCCUAAAAUCGUCCCGAAGAGGCAAUGAAGAGGUGGGGUGUCUUGUUGAUUACAGAGAGAUGGUGGUCUUUCCGUUUGAUCCAAGGAAAGCCCUCCAAAUCGGCAAGGGAAAGACCGGCUACAUUCCUGUGGCUGGCUAUUAGCUGCUGACCACCGAAGAAGGGAAAAGCACUACUUAAUAUAUCAUAAACAGCAUGUUUGGAACUGGGUGAGAAUACUGAUCUUUUGUUUACUCUUUUACAACUGAACUUCCUGGGAAAAGCUCCCAAGAAGCUAAAAACCUCCAAAUGUAAAUGGAAGCGGCGUUUUAAUUUUAUUGGGGGCAGAAACAUACAAUAUUGAUGUGGAAAUAACAUAAAGCUACAGUUUUGAGAACUGAGACAAUACUUAAGAUUUUCUCUUUGAAAAAAAAUUUGAAGUGAAAUAUAAGAAAUCAAUCCUUUAUUUUAAGAGUGGAAAUGGAUUUUGAAUGACAUCUAGUGAUGGAUUUGUGUAUAGCACCAUAAUUUGCUUCCUGGAUGCUUGGGAGAACAGCUGGCAAUAAAGGAAAAUACUUUGGCAUACUGUCAGGUUCCCAAAGAAAUUGUCUUUUCAUGUUAUUUUAUUUUCUGUAGCUUUUCUUUGUGGCCUGCCGUUCUGUUGGGAGGGGAGAGCUUUUGGGAAUGCUUUGCACUGUCUGCUAUGAUGUCCUUCCUCCAGGGGAUGGAAUGUCUCACCCUUAUCUGAGAGACAGUUUGCACUUGGAGCCAGAAGAAAUCGAAAGUUAGAAAGAUCUUGAGGAGCCUGCCAAAAGGACCGAUUACCAAAACAUGAUGCCAGCUGUGGAUUGGUUGGGAUUCAAAUGAACACUGGGACUCUGGGGGGAGGGGUAAUAUUAAAUGCUACUUUUAAUAUAUUGCUUUGCGGGUUUUUCUCUCAGAUCUCGCCUUGAUUCCCUGCUAUCACUAGCCCCCAAUAAAAGUUCUUUUUGAGACAA